AUCCGGCUCUUGCUAUCAUACAGGUUACGGAUGAUCUACCGGAAAUUGAGAGAAUGUCCGCAGAGGUUGGCUUGAAUGUUGUUCGCAUCUGUCUGCCUGACUGCAGCGAAGAAGAGCUUGUGGAUGAGAUCCUGAAACUCAAUGAAGACCCUAAAAUCCAUGGCUUGGUUCUGGAUCUUCCCAUCGGAGCCCUGAGCGGCAGAGUGAUCAACUCUGUGACGCCUGAGAAAGAUGUGGACGGGAUCACAGAUGUUAAUUUAGGGAGAUUGAUUCGUGGAGAUCUGAGUGAGUGCUUUGUUCCUCCAGCAGCAAGUGCAGUGUUGCAACUAUUGGAUCAAGCAGACGUGCUCACUGUUGGAAAGAAGGUCUUGAUUAUUGGAGCUACUGGGUCAUUGGAAGCAGCCUUGCAGGCACUACUGAAGAAGAAGGGGAUGAUCACGAUAAGCAGCCAGUGGCUGAGCAAAAACCUCAAAGAACUGGUCCAUCAGACUGAUCUAAUAGUGAUAACGACUCCAGAACCAGAGGGAAUUCUAGCAGAGUGGAUAAAAACUGGUUCAACCAUAGUUACCUAUGAUCAGAUGCUUUUAUCAGAUGAAACUUGUGACCAGAGCACCAGUCGCCAAGAAUUGCAGCGUAAUGAAAAUACUUAUCAGGGAUCCUCACAUGAAGGGAUUGGACUUCUGGCAACUGCUUUGCGGAUCAAGAAUACAGUGGAAAGCAGCAGCAGGUGGAUAACAAACCAACAGCGUAAGAGAUGGGAUGUGAGGGCUCUUAAACUACAGCCUCUCUCACCUGUUCCCAGUGACAUUGAGAUUUCCAGAGCACAGACUCCGAAAGCGAUUGAAGUACUUGCCAAAGAGAUCGGGUUGCUUGCUGGUGAAAUAGAAAGCUUUGGAAGAAAUAAAGCCAAAGUAAAACUCUCUCUUCUUGAGCGGCUGAAGGAACACCCUGAUGGAAAAUACGUAUUGGUCGCUGGAAUUACACCUACUCCUCUUGGUGAAGGCAAGAGCACAGUAACUGUCGGUCUGGUUCAAGCUUUAGGUGCUCAUCUAGGUAUCAAUUCUUUUGCAUGUGUACGACAGCCAUCCCAAGGACCAACUUUCGGUGUUAAAGGUGGAGCUGCGGGGGGAGGAUAUGCUCAAGUCAUUCCUAUGGAGGAGUUCAAUCUUCAUUUAACCGGGGACAUUCAUGCUAUUACUGCUGCCAAUAACUUGCUGGCUGCUGCUAUCGAUGCCAGGAUUCUGCAUGAAGCCACUCAAUCUGACAAGGCUUUGUAUAAUCGUCUGGUUCCCACCAUCAAUGGAGUGCGACAGUUUUCUCCCAUACAGCUUGCCCGGCUUAAAAGACUGAGAGUUGACAAAAGUGACCCAAGCACGUUGACACCAGGUGAAGUCAGUAAUUUUGUGCGUUUGGAUAUUGACCCAUCAACAAUUACCUGGCAAAGAGUGGUUGACACAAAUGAUCGUUUUCUGCGUAAAAUAACAAUUGGACAAUCAAGUACAGAGAAAGGAUUUAUCCGAGAGGCUCAGUUUGACAUUGCUGUUGCCAGUGAGAUCAUGGCUAUCUUAGCCCUUACAGAUGGCCUGGCAGACAUGAACAAACGGCUUGGUAAUAUAGUGGUGGCCAAUAACAGGAAAGGACAACCAGUUACAGCAGAAGACCUGGGGGUUAGUGGUGCUCUCGCUGUUUUGAUGAAGGAUGCCAUUAAACCAACUUUAAUGCAAACCCUGGAGGGAACGCCGGUAUUUGUUCAUGCGGGUCCCUUUGCUAAUAUUGCACAUGGUAACUCCUCAGUCUUGGCUGACAAGAUGGCACUGAAGCUAGUUGGCGAGCAGGGAUUUGUAGUAACAGAAGCUGGUUUUGGAGCUGACAUUGGGAUGGAGAAGUUCUUCAACAUUAAAUGCAGGGCAUCUGGCCUGUACCCCAAUGUGGUUGUGCUUGUGGCAACAAUACGCGCCUUGAAGAUGCAUGGAGGAGGGCCCAACGUUACUGCAGGCAAGCCUCUAACGAAGGAAUAUACAGAAGAGAACUUGAAACUGGUGGCUGAUGGUUGCAGCAAUCUGCAGAAACAGAUCCAGAUCGCUCAUCUCUUUGGAAUGCCUGUUAUAGUUGCUAUAAAUGUAUUCAAAAGUGACACUGAAGCUGAGAUUGAUCUCGUCUGUCAAAUUGCCAAACAUUCUGGAGCUUACGAUGCUGUCUCGUGCAACCACUGGGCAGCUGGUGGCAGAGGAACAGUGCAACUGGCUGAGGCAGUGGAGAGAGCUGCAAACGAGAAGAGUACCUUAUCAUUUCUAUAUGACUUGAAGUUGCCUAUUGUGGAAAAGAUCAGAACAAUAGCACAGAAGGUCUAUGGGGCUAAGGACAUAGAACUGUCUCCAGAAGCGCAAUCCAAAGUGGAUUUGUAUGUCAAACAGGGUUUUGGAGACUUGCCAAUCUGCAUGGCAAAAACUCAUCUUUCACUCUCUCAUCAGCCUGAGAGAAAGGGAGUUCCCACUGGCUUCAUUCUACCUAUUCGCGAUAUGAGUACAAUGCCAGGAUUGCCCACAAGGCCUUGCUUCUAUGAUAUUGACCUGGAUUCAGACACCGAGCAAAUCACCGGAUUAUUCUGAGAGCAUGACUCCAGUGUUUCAGAUUCCCUGGAAACCUCCUCCACAUCUCCUCACACCAGAUAGAGUGACCUGACUCAGUUCUCCUCUUCAGAUCAGUUAGAGUGAACUGGCUCAAUUCGUCUCCUUACACCAGAUCUGAAUUUGUCUACUUGCCUUUUGAAGACUGUGGAAAUCUCAUCAUAGAAUCUUAUAGCACAGAAGGAGGCCAUUUGGCCCAUCAUG